AUGAAGGUACUGGAAUCAAAUCUUGACAAAGAGUAUGCCGGUAUCACUGGUGUCCCAAAGUUCACACAGGCCGCAGCUACGCUAGCCUACGGUCAAACUUCUUCCGCACUCAAUGAGGGCAGGGUAGCAAUAACUCAAUCAAUAUCUGGAACUGGUGCUUUACGGAUAGGUGGUGCUUUUCUCGAACGAUUCUAUCCCUCCGCCAAGAAGAUAUACAUUCCUACGCCAAGCUGGGCAAAUCACAAUGCGGUUUUCAAAGACUCUGGGCUGGAAGUCGUCAAAUAUAGGUACUACAACAAGGAUACGAUCGGUCUGGAUUUUGAUGGGAUGAUCGCAGAUCUCAAGUCCGCUCCCGAGGGCUCUAUCUUCCUUCUGCACGCAUGUGCACACAAUCCUACUGGGAUUGACCCAACGAAAACACAGUGGACACAGAUCAGCGAUGUAAUGAAGGAGAAGAAGCACUAUCCGUUCUUCGACAUGGCCUAUCAAGGUUUUGCUAGUGGCGAUAUUGACAAGGAUGCAUUCCCCAUCCGACAUUUUCAAAGCGAAGGCCACCAAUUCUGUCUAGCGCAGUCCUUUGCUAAGAAUAUGGGUCUUUACGGUGAGCGCGUUGGCGCGUUCUCAAUUUGCUGUGACUCGGCAGAUGAGAAGAAGCGGGUUGACUCCCAGAUUAAGAUCUUAGUACGGCCGCUGUAUUCGAACCCACCGGUUCACGGUGCCAGAAUUGCUGGAGAAAUUCUCAAUGAUCCACAACUCUACAGCCAGUGGGAGAAGGAAGUCAAAGGCAUGGCAGACCGCAUCAUCAGCAUGCGUGCUGCAUUGAAGAAGAAUCUCGAAGAUCUGGGCAGCAAGCACGAUUGGUCUCAUAUCACGAAUCAAAUUGGAAUGUUUGCAUAUACAGGAUUGAACUCAGAACAGAUGACACGAUUAGCUGAAGAGUUCUCUGUUUACGCAACCAAAGACGGACGCAUCUCUGUCGCAGGCAUAACCUCUCACAAUGUCACGCGCCUAGCCGAAUGUAUCUUUAAGGUCACCGGAUAA